AUUCUGGCUGCAAAUUUAUUGAUUCAAUUAGACACACUGGAAAACUCAACUGGUAAAAGUGUGUUCCGAGAGGAAGCGAUGCAGGUUCUCUUUCAGUCGAUAGCAUCUGAAGAAAGCACUUUGCAGCUAUUGUCGGCAUUCAUUCUGUCAAAUAUUGGCGGAACUUAUUCUUGGACAGGGGAAUCAUACACAGUAGCAUGGCUGGUGAAAAAGGCCGGUUUAACGUCUUUGAAUCAUCGGAACAUGAUACGAAACUGUGAUUGGUUGGAUCCGAGCCUGCUGGAUUCAGGAACUGAUUCAUGGUGCAGCAAGAUUGCAAGAAGCAUCAUUGAGUUCGGUAAACCAGCAUUCGUCGCUUUACAAAAGGGACUGAAGAGCCAGAUAAAGAUGGUUGCUCGAGAGUCCCUCGUGAUCAUAGCAUGGCUUGGUUGUGAAAUUUCCAAAAGUUCGAACAGCCUUAGAUAUUCAGCUUGUGAGAUCUUACUUGGUGAAGUUGAUAAAUUUUUGCAUCCAGGAAUGGACCUUGAAGAAAGACUUCUAGCAUGCCUAUGCAUCUAUAACUAUGCUUCUGGAAAAGGUAUGAAGAAACUGAUUCAUUUCUCGGAGGGUGUACGGGAGUCGCUUCGGAGAUUUUCAAAUGUGACCUGGAUGGCAGAUGAACUACAUAGAGUUGCUGACUUCUACCUGCCUAAUAAGUCGCGUAUCUCUUGCGUUCAUACGCAAAUCGUCGAGGCAAGUCACAAAUACAGUGGAGCUGUAAAUGCCCUGAUCUACUACAGGGGAAUGCUUUUCAGUGGAUACUCUGAUGGUUCAAUUAAGGUAUGGGACAUCAGAAGGCAAUCAGCCGUGCUUGUAUGGGACGUGAAGGAGCACAAGGACGCAGUGACAUGCUUUUCACUCUUUGAACCAGGAGAGACCCUUCUAAGUGGAUCAACCGAUAAGACCAUUAGAGUGUGGCAAAUGGUCCAAAACAAAUUGGAGUGCAUCGAAGUUAUAGCAACAAAAGAAUCGGUUCAAAAGUUAGAGACAUAUGGUCAAAUGAUAUUUAUGAUCACUCAAGGCCACCAUCUUAAGGUUUUUGAUUCAUCAAGAACAGUCAACAGUAUCUGCAAAACCAAAUGUGUAAAGUGCAUGAAGAUGGUUCAAGGAAGAAUCUACGCAGGCUGUGCCGAUUCGAGCAUUCAGGAGAUUUCUAUAACAAGUAACCAUCAGAGAGAGAUCAAAGCACCUGUAAAGAAAUGGAGAAUGCAAAGCAAGCCCAUCAAUUCAAUCACCAUGUACAGAGACUGGCUUUACUGUGCAAGUUCAACAGUUGAAGGUUCUACCUUCAGGGAAUGGAGAAGAAAUUCAGAGCCACAAAUGUCAUUGAAACCAGAGAAAAGAACAAAUAUAUUAGCAGUGGAAGUAGUGGAGGACUUCAUAUACUUAAACUGCAGCUCAUCAGCUAACAGCCUUCAGAUAUGGUUGAGAGGAACACAACAGAAAGUGGGGAGAAUAUCAGCAGGCGGCAGAAUAACGAGCCUCAUCACUGCAAACGAUUUCGUUCUAUGUGGGACAGAGUCUGGGUUCAUCAAGGCAUGGAUCCCUCUAUGAAUUGAGACAUGAAAAAGCUUAUUAUAUAAUAAUAUACAUAGAAAAAGAAUGUCUUUUGUGUAUAGUUUGUUGUAUAUCACAUUCACAUGUUGAGAUCAAAUAAUUUCAUUAUAGAUAUAAUAAUUUUAUGUUUUUUAUUC